AUGAUGAGCCAUCAGAGGCUCCACACCGGAGAGAAACCUUACGGAUGUCCGGAGUGUGGGAAAAGCUUCGCUCAGCAGUCUGCUUUUGUGAUACACCGGAGAAGCCACACAGGAGAGAAGCCCUACAAAUGCGCCGAGUGCUGCAAAUCUUUCCCUCAGCUCUCCGACCUGGUGAACCACUGGAGGGUCCACACGGGAGAGAAGCCCUACAAAUGCACCGAGUGUGGUAAAUCUUUUGCCCAGUGCUCGGUCCUUGUGAUCCACCACAGGGUCCACAUCGGGGAGAAACCCUACACGUGCUUGGAGUGCGGGAAAGGGUUCCCACAGCAGUCGGAGCUUGCAAAACACUGGAGGACCCACACGGGAGAGAAACCCUAUACCUGCCUGGAGUGUGGGAAAGGUUUUCUUCAACAGGCUCACCUCAGCGGACACCAGAGAACCCACUCGGGCGAGAAACCCUACGGCUGUGGGGAGUGCGGGAAAGGUUUUGCCGACAAAUCGAACCUGGCAAACCACCAGAGGACCCACACAGGGGAGAAGCCCUACGGUUGCACUGGGUGCGGAAAGCGUUUUGGCCAAAAAUCCCACCUCGUGAGGCACCAGAGAGUUCACACAGGAGAGAAGCCUUACAACUGUUCAGAGUGCGGGAAAUGUUUUGCCCAAAAAUCAAAUCUUUUGAUGCAUCAGAGAGUCCAUUUGGGGUAG